GCCGCUUUGUGGGCUGGAACUCUCAUAACUGCCUUGACUUCUCUGUGCCGCUCGUUCUUCUCCUGGACAUCGGCGCCUCCGCGGUCACGCACGCCCUGCGUGGCCUCUGUGCGCACCUUAGCCGAGCCUAGCAGAACGGAGCCCAACCUGUCGAAGCUGUUCGCCAUGGUGGACGAGCUGGUCCUGCUGCUGCACGCUCUCCUGGUGCGGCACCGCGCCCUGAGCAUCGAGAACAGUCAGCUCCUGGAACAGCUGCGGCUGCUGGUGUGCGAGAGGGCCACCCUGCUGCGCCAGGUACGUCCGCCGCCGAGCUGCCCGGUGCCUUUCCCGGAGACGUUUAACGGCGAGAGCUCGCGUCUCCCCGAGUUUAUCGUGCAGACGACGUCUUACAUGCUGGUCAACGAGAACCGGUUCUGCAACGACGCCAUGAAAGUGGCAUUCCUAAUCAGCCUGCUCACCGGGGAAGCUGAGGAGUGGGUGGUGCCCUACAUCGAGAUGGAUAGCCCCAUCCUGAGUGAUUACCAGGCCUUCCUCGAAGAGCUGAAGCAGUGUUUUGGCUGGGAUGAUGAAGAAGAAGACGAGGAGGAGGAGGAGGAGGAAGAAUAUGGUUACUAGGCCGGGAGACCCUCAGGCCUAGGGGGUUGGGCCCUGCACGCUGCCACCCGAGCCCCCCAUCCUGCUUUGCCUCUCCCACAGCUCCGUGCUUCUCCUAGCCUCCCGACCUUCUCCCCUGCCUCUGUCCUCUGGUCCUUUCCCUUCACUUCCUGUAGUGCUUGUCUUUGUUCCAAGAAUUGUGCUCCAGUUACCUGCUGCUGGGGCCUGGAGUUGUCUCUGAAGCUUGCUGCCAUCCACUCUGGCCAGCACCAGGACGCAUCCCUGCUACUUUGGACUGUGUACUGAGCCUCAGCUGGUCAGACAGUGCGCAGCCCUGCCAACUGCCAGACCUACAUCUGCCCAGAGACCUGCGCUGCCUCUACACCACCGUCCACUACAUUCCAGCAACAGACCACCACCGCCUUUGGAGAUGAGGACCAGCCUAGAAGAUGCCUGCGUUGGCUGCACCUCCUUGGACAUUGAUAUGGACAUCUCACCAACCCCUGAAGGGGCCAGACUUUCAACCUGGUUAGUUUCAUACCUAUUCCCAGAGCCCCCCUCCCCCACCAUAUAGCUGCAGGGGCCUAGUGUUCCUGGCAGCCAAAUUGUGGACAUUCUUUUCUACUAUGCACCAGUUUUACAUAGCUGUCAUUUUUUUGUUUAACAAUUGCAGAAGUCACACAGAUGUGUGCAUUUGGACAAAAAUACUAAAAACAAACAAAAACAGGCAUUCAGCCCAGCUUCUCAAUACUAUCUGGAAAAUGCAUUUGAGUUCUUUUCAAUAAAUACUGAGCA